AUGAAAUCAGUGUUAGAUAAAAAUAAAAAGAAAGAAGAUGAACAAUUAUUGAAAGCAAAAGAAUUAAAAGAAAAAAUUGAGUCCAUGAAAAAUGACUUGGAAUCUAAGACAAAGCUCAUAUGCUUGUUAAAAGAACAAAGAGAGAAUAAGAUAGAAAAUAUAAAAAAGCUAGAAAUAGAAAAUAAAAGCAAUUAUAAACAUUUUCUAUGUGAAUAUGAAAAUAUAUUAAAUAAUUAUAAAAUUAUUGAAAAAGAAAUUCAUGAAAUGUUAAAUGAUUUAAAAAUGUUGUUACAACUGAAAAAAGAAAAAGAGAAUAUUUUCACUGAUAAAAAUUUAGUUCUAGAGGCUAAACAGAAAGAACUUGAUACUAAAGUAGACGGUGUUGAAUUAGAAAUAAUGAAUCAUUCAUGUAUGAUAAAUGAUGUAUUAAAAAAGGUUAGAGAAAUAUUUAAAAAAACCCACGUCCAAUAUGAAUAUGAAGAAGACUUAAAACCACUAUUAAUAAGAUUACAACAUAUAAAUGUCAACUCGGAUGAAAUAAAAUAA